CUUUAGCUAGCCUGCCAAGAAAAUCGCUUAAAAAGAUGGUCUAAAUUUAACUUGACAUACUUGGAAACAGAGUAGAAAUUCAUUUAUACAUUUCAUGUCUGGUAUCUUUCUGUCUGCUGUGGUCAUCUCUGUGUGCGUAUAUUCAGGUCUCCAGUGUGCUUUGUUUUGUUGUGCGAUAGAACUUAAUGUUGCGUUAGGUUUUAUAAACUUAACCCGCAUUCCAUUGUAUAGCAUUGUGUGGGACACCAUAAUAUGCUGAUUGAGUUUCAUUUAUUCUCUAAUAUAUGCUUCAGAUUUAGAAAUUUCAUCAGGGUAGCCCCUACUCAAUCUCUGUUGAACUCUUAUUCGAACUUGAAGUUUAAAUUCAAGUGCUUGUCGUUCAAACAAAUCCAUAUGGAGGAUCAAUCCCCGAAUAGGUUGAAGAGUCAUUCUAGGGGGGCUUUAAUUGUUCUUGAAGGUCUGGACCGAUGCGGGAAGACUUCACAGGCUAGCCGAUUAGUUUCAUUCUUAACAGGGCUGGGACAUGCGGUUGAAAUGUGGAGGUUUCCUGAUAGAACUACUGUUGUUGGGAAGAUGAUCUCUUCUUACCUUUCCAAUAGGUCACACUUGGAUGAUCGUGCAAUUCAUUUACUGUUCAGUGCAAAUCGGUGGGAGAAGAGGUCAUUAAUGGAAGAUAAGCUUAGGUGUGGAACUACUCUCAUUGUUGACCGAUAUUCUUAUUCUGGUGUAGCUUUCUCUUCUGCCAAGGAACUUGAUCUCCUGUGGUGCAAGACUCCAGAGAAGGGUUUGUUAGCUCCAGAUUUGGUGGUUUAUCUUGACAUAUCACCAGAGAAAGCUGCUGAAAGAGGAGGCUACGGAGGCGAGAGAUAUGAGCAGCUUGAGUUUCAAAAGAAAGUUGCUCAGUCUUAUCAUAAGCUUUUUGAUGCCUCUUGGAAGAUAGUAGAUGCCACCCUGCCCAUUGAAGAAAUUGAGGAGCAGCUAAGAGAUGUAGCGCUGGAUUGCUUGAUUACGUGCCAAAAGGGGAAAUCUCUCUCGCAGCUAUGGUCCUGUUAGUUAUAGGUUGUUUUAGGUUCGGGAUAUCCUGAGUAGUUGUGAUAUAUUUACAUCUUUUGCUGUAACUGGAAAUGAAGCCUUGUACUUGCUCUUCAGCUUGAUGCCUUGACUUGCAACAUGAACCGCUAGUUAACCAUUGAGAUGCUGGUCCAGGUGAGAGGGACGGACUGAAUUCAUUAUGCACAGCAGUUUUGAUUGCCAUGGAGGAGGACUCCUAAAGCAGGGUUAGCAAACUGAAUGCCCGGUGGCUUGGCAUUUAGCAGCCGGGAGUAGCGGUUGGUGGUGUUUUAGAUGAACAUGGAUCAAAGCCGGUUAGAAGUAGAAGCAGAGUUGCAGAAAAGAUUCCACCUUCCUGAGAAAAAGUGACAGGCAGCGCAACAGCCAUAAUAAUACUAAUAUGUUGUUGGCAGGAUGAUUAGGGAGUUGUACUUGUACCCCUUUGAGCCAAACCUUCAAGGGAGUGAAUGAAUUUUGUGGAUGUUCUCAUUCACUUCUCUUUCUUGGUCUACCUAAAUGCUUGCUUUUGAAGUUUUGCAAA